AUGAGAAAAGCGAUUAUUAUCGGAGGCGGACCGGCCGGUCUGUCGGCCGCUUUACGGCUGCAACAGAUUGCAAAUGUCGCCGCGACUGUCUACGAAUUACGUCCAGAGCCCACCACUCUUGGGGGAGCCGUCGGACUGUUGCCCAACGGCCUCCGCUUGUUCCGCAGACUUGGUGUGUAUAGCGACCUUGUAUCCCGCGGAAGUGGUCAUUCAGUGUUCACUCUACGAUCUCUCAAUGGCGGCAUCGUCACGACACAAGACCUUGUCGGUAGGGUUCGUGAACAGAAUGGCGGGGUCGGCUACCUCCGUAUCAAGCGCACUGAUCUUCUUGACGUCCUGCUCCGGGCCUCGCAAAAGGCCUAG